UCGGUACAACAGCAAGCCACUUUGCAACGCAACCGAGAUCCACCACAUGACGGCGGCGACGACACUCUCGACGCUGUUCCAGUCGCACAGGGAGCACGAAGAGGAGGUCAGCAUGCGGCUCAUGUCACCCGCCGACGACCUCCUCAUGAAGAACGUCAAGUUUGACCGCGUGUCCCUGCAAGCGCUCGGGAUGGACGAUGUCCAGCUGUGUGACAAGAGCCACUACGCCCCAAAAGCCAAAGACGCCGGCUGUGCAUGCUGCAACAAGAAACUGCUCUUCUAUGGCAAGCACCACUGCCGCGUGUGUGGUGACGUUGUGUGCGGACAGUGCUCCAUGCAUCGCAUCAAGGUGAAGGCCCAGAUCAAGUCCAUUCGAACGUGCAACAAGUGCUUUAUGUACAAUUUACAGUUGUUUAACCGACGCCUGCAAGACAAAGCGGACAUCGUUCCACCCAAGCCCGUGCGGCGGCGACGAGCAAGCACAGAGACGCUUCCCCUGCCCGAUUCUGCGGCCACCACCACUCCAACCUCGUCCACGUCUGUGCCACCCCUUGCAUUACCUGCCAAACGCGACAACGCAGCUGCCAAGGCUGUUUCAACUACCCUGGUCUUUGUCGCCGCAAGUUGCAUCCUUGUCGGCAUGUUCGUGGCGCUCGAAGUCACGAUUGACACUGCCUUGUUCAUGUGCGCAGUUGCGAUGGUCAUGUUCCUGUGCCUGCUGCAGCUUCUUCGUUCACUUGUUCCAGCCGCCCCCCGCAUGCGCUGUCGGCUGGGAUAGAAAAGUAAUUUAUGGUCGAAAUAGUUUCCUCUCUAUCAAAUUAUAUGGAACAAUAUUUCGAGCAGAAUUACACGAGAACCCCUCCGCACACCACGCGGACGGAGACCGUGACGCCGAGAACCAUCAAGAAGAGGCAAAAGUCGUCUCCAGUCUUCUUCAUCAUGCGGUAUCCGUCGCGGAGCAUGGGCACCAUGGACAAAGCCAUCUUGAUGAUCCAACCAGAGUCAUCGCUCUCGUGAUCGCCGGUUGAAGGGACGUCCAGGACACUGCGAGCACCGAAGAAGAGGGCAUUGAAUACCAAACGCGCCAGGAUGGGGACGAGAAGGAACGGAGGGUUCACUACUGCCGGGGCAAACAUGUUGUACACGAAGGACGGGAGGAACGGAAUCGUGUUCUCGGGCAACCGCGUCGACGCAUCAGCGAGCGACCGCUUCUCGAGAAAAGUCAAGUCAGCCUAGAGCACAAAGUUAGAAUGCCAACAGAAGGAUCUGCACAUUACAUUGUCCCGCUCGAGUUGCUGCUUGAUCGAUGUCAAGGAAAACCCUUGCGCCAACAGGUCAUCCACCUCUUGGAGACGAGGGUCCACGGCAAAGCAUUGAAUGUCAACAUUGAACCCCACGAACAGCGCCGCCAUGACAAGAACGAAGAGCACGGUCCA